AUGUUGCGAUUUGGCGACGUGCUGAACAAAGCCUACGACGAGGCAAGGUUGCGUGCUUUCAUGUUUUGUUUGAGCAAUCUUGCACGGUGUGUUCGCAGGAACAGCGGCUGCCGCCGGAACAACGCGCGUGCUUGGGGGGCUCGGGCUCGCUUCGCGUUGGCUGAUCAAAAGCUGAACGAAGACCAAGAACUUUUCAUGUUGCGAUUUGGCGACGUGCUGAACAAAGUCUACGACGAGGCAAGGUUGCGCCGAGACACUCGUUCUUCCGUGAAUGCUGACGACGUGGAUCAGCUUCGCUCGCAACUAGAAGAAGUUUCAGGAAAGUUGGAACGUGCCAGUCAACUGGCGGUGCAGGCGUCAAGGGACUCAGGGGAAGCCCGGAGCGGACAGCAGAUAGUUCUUUUCGUCUCCGGGCUCUUGAGGUCUCGACUCAAAGAGGUCUUGGCCGUGUAUCAGUCAGACAGGGAAGCAGUGAUGAAUGGGACGAAGGAAAAGGGUAAACCGCUUAAGUUGCUGGUGUGUGGCGCGCUGUUGGUGGCGUUGUCAGAAGCAGCUGCGAGGCAAGGGACAGAGGUAAGCACAGCUGCAGAGGAGUUGGUGGCCUUGGGUUCGACGGUGGGAAUAUCCGCAAUCUCGAAUUUGAGUCGUGCGCCAGAAGACGAUAGAGCAUGGGUACUCGUGACAACGUUCCAGUUUGGUGCGGCAGGGCAAAAACUUCGCAGUCUGUGGCUUGAUCCGAGGCUGAGGCCAGUUUUUGCGAAGAAGGGCGGGGUGUGGCCAGAGCCCAGAGCUAGGGAUGCGUGA